UACAAUUUAUGAAAAAGGAAAUAAAGAUAAAAUAUAAAAUGAUAAAAAAAUAAUAAAUGAAAUGAAUAUCACUAUUAAAAGUGUAUCAUUAUUCAUGUGUAUGAAAUUAUGUGUAUAACAUGGUCAUCAUAUUUGCAAUAAUUACAUCGCGGUAAUAUUAUUAUAUUAUGCUUAAGACUAUUUUCUCAAUUAUCAUUUGAAUUUCAUAAAGUAGUGGUAAUUUUCCUUCUUUAUAUAAGUAUGUAUAAGUAUCAUUUACAUAAGAUGUUUAUUUCGUAUCAAACGUAACAAUUUAGUUUUUAAAUCCAAGGAGAUAUUAAAACGUAUGGUUGUGUUAUCCAAAUCCAAAAUAUUAGUGAAUUAUGAGCUUAUUGUCUCCCCCGCUUCGUGCUCCUUUUUAUUGCUUUUUGAAAAACUCCCAAUUUUCUAAUGGUUUGGAAUGGUAUCUAUCAGUGUUUUAACGCAUUUGCUGGUUACAUUACUUUAAUAAAAAAUUAAAUAUUAAAUUAAUUAAAAUGGUUUUUUCGUAUUAUAUGUAUAUUAGAACUUGAUUUCGAUUAGAAUUUGCGACAGUUACACUUCAAGAUUCAGAAGCUUAUACUUGUUUAGCGUGGUAUUAUUUUUAACAUGACAAGAAAUCGCAGUAUACAUAGUACAUAUAUACAGAAUAAGUAACACAUAUGCAACCUAAUUUAGAUAAUAUUGAUAAUAAAUGACUAAUAAUGGGAAGCUAAAUGCGCAUUUAUUAAUAUUUCUAUUUUACAGUACUCUUCAAUCAAUAUCACGAUAUUUUACGAAGUACUACAAUAAAUAUUAAUACAUUGCUUUUACUUUUUGUGUCAUGAAAAGUAACAAAGCAAAGCAAUCGAGAAGUUAUAUAAAACAUAUUUGAAUGUAAAUAAAGAAGAAUAACAAGAUUAUGGGAAGAAUACAUGCUACAAAGGAUGUUAUUCGUUUUUAUUGAAACAAUGCAAAAAGGACAAUGUUAAGAAAAUAUUGCUGCAUAUUUUGUAGAUGAAAGUACCAUACCAAUGUAGUAUACCAAUAGGUUUUCUACAGUUGAAUAUAUUUAUAUAUUUGAUUAAUGGUAAAUAGGUGAAAAGACGAAACUUGAAAUUUGGUUAUUGUUUUUUUAUAGCGGCAAUACUUUCUCUUUAUCUUGGUUCGUUAUCACGGUGCGUAAUGCAUUAUACAUAUGUAUAUCGUAUCUAUGGAACAUAUACAAACAUUGCGUAUAGUAUGAUUCACACUGGACUUUGCGCGUAUUUUUUAAUGGUUUCUUUGUUACAAUAUAUCUUUGUUUUCAAUCAUAAUGUACAAAUGUAUAAUGUACAAUAUCGUUAUAGUACCACCCGAUACAUUCAUGUAUGUAUAAUGUUAAGAAUAGGGAAGCGGUUAAAGCUAUUUCAACUUCAGUCUUUUAUAACGAUCUGCCGUGUACUGAGCGUUCGACUGUCCCUACGAGUUUUCCCAUUCAGUGACUCUCUUUUAAAAAGAAAACCGUAUGGCUUUAUUAAUGUUUUAGAUCUUCAAUAAUUUUAAAAUUUGUGUUGCUCUGACUAUUACACGUUUAUUAACUCGUCUUCGAUAAAUCUUGCUGCUAUUUCCAAUUAUAUGUAUUUGACUUAAUUAAUCGAGUGAAAUUUAUCUAAACGGAUGCUCAUACUUCAUCGAUUUAUCCAUAAAAAUGUUUUGUAAUCAUUUAUGAAAAGUUCGUAAAAGGUUAUUGUUUAUCAUCGUCAAGCUCGAUCACAAAUAAUUUCAUAGAACGUAAUCGAGUUUUUUAAAUGUUUGAAAAUGUUUUUAUAAACUCACUAGGGAAUUUUUAACGCGGUAAGUUAGUCAAGGUAUGAGGAAGGUACUUACAUAUUUUGAAUAAUGAUCUGAACAAAGUGGAUAUAAAUUAGUGAAACUACUGAUCAAUCAUGUCCACAAAAUCGGAGUCCAAGGAGAAGCAGAGCAGCAAUGGAAUGCAAAACACCCCAGUAUCACCAUCAUAUUCAAAAAUAACAACCCCUAUUGACAUCGAAUUCAAUGACUUAACUUGUACAGUACCUCGUGGUAGAAAAGGUACAAAAGUAAUAUUAAGAGGAAUUUGUGGACAAUUUAAAUCUGGAGAAUUAACCGCUAUAUUAGGCCCAUCAGGCGCCGGAAAAUCCACCUUGUUAAACAUUCUCGCAGGAUACAAAUCGGCUGAUAGUGUUACGGGACACAUAAGUAUCAAUGGACAAACUCGAGACGAGACUUAUUUUAAAAAAAUAUCGUGUUACAUAAUGCAAAAAGAUCUUCUUCAACCAUGGCUUACAGUGCAAGAGGCAAUGCAAUUUGCUGUAGAUUUGAAACUUGGCAACAUUUCCCAAAAAGCAAAAUCGAUCGCUAUAGAUGAAAUUCUAAAUAUUUUGCGAUUACGUCAUGCAAAAGAUACAACUACCGAAUGCCUAUCGGGAGGCGAAAGAAAAAGACUUUCGAUCGCUUUGGAACUCGUGAGUAAUCCUCCUGUUGUGUUUCUUGACGAACCAACUACAGGACUAGAUGAAAUAUCAGCUGCACAGUGUACCGACCUUUUAAAAUCUUUGGUGCGACUGGGGAGAACGAUAAUCUGCUCCCUCCAUACUCCAAGUGCAAGCAUUUUCGCAAAAUUCGACCACAUUUAUGUUAUAGCCGCUGGCCAAUGUAUCUAUAGAAGCACUGUACAUAAUCUGGUACCAUUUGUUCGACAAAUUGGUAUUGAAUGCCCGAAACACUACAAUCCUGCCGAUUUUGUGAUAGAAAUAUCUGCGGGCGAAUAUGGUUCAGAAUGGAUAAGUCGAAUGAUAAAUGCUGUGGACGCAGAAUUUCCUAUCGUUCCUGUUUCUCGACGAACGAGGUUCGAAUUUCAAUACAAAGCAAAAAUAUCGAAAGUGUCCUGGUUCAAACAAUUUGUUGUUCUAUCAAGAAGAAUGUUAUUACAGUUACGUAGAAAUAAGAGUUAUAUGUACUUAAAAAUAAGUUUAUAUAUAUUCCUGGGCUUCGUCGUUGGUAGUUUAUUUUUAAACAUUGGAAACGAUGGGUCGAAAACCUUAUCCAACUUUACUUUCUGCUUUGCUUGUUUGAUAAUUCUCCUCUAUGUACCUAUGUCACCGGUAUUAAUGCACUUUCCUUCGGAAGUGCAAUUGGUUAAACGAGAAUAUUUCAACAUGUGGUACGAUUUGAGUCCCUAUUAUUGUGCAUUUACAAUAGUUAAUAUACCUGGACAGAUAUUACUAUCGUCGAUAUAUUUAUUGAUAGUAUAUGUGAUCACAAAUCAACCUCUGGAGUUGUCCAGAUGUGCAAUGUUUUUUAGUAUUUGCUUCAUGUGCGCGUUUAUCGCAGAAAGUAUGGCAUUAGUUAUUGCCAGCACACUGAACAUCGUAAAUGGUACAUUUGUUGGGCCUGCAAUUUCCACUCCACUAGUGUUGGUAGCUAUACAAGGAAUCGGCGAAACGGAAAGUUUAUCUAUCUAUCGUAAACUCAUAAUGUAUCUAAGUUACAUUCGAUAUGGUAUAGAAGGUCUUCUAGUUGCUUUGUACGGUUACAACAGAGAAAAGCUAUACUGUCCGCCUGCAGAAAUAUUCUGCCCCUUCGGAACACCUCGACAAGUUUUACUAACAAUGCAGAUGGAACAUGUGGUUUUUUGGGUUGACAUUAUCGCUUUAAUAAUUAUCCUUAUCUGUCUAAGGGCUCUCUCUUAUUAUUUGCUUAGACAACGACUUAAUCCAAACAAAAUGUUUCAAGCACUUCAUCUCAUUGGAAGGAUAAUAAAAAAUCAUUUUAACAUCGACAAUUAAAACCUAGUCUUAUUUUGUAGUAUAAAUAUACGAAAUAUUAUUUUCGAAAAAGUAAUCGAUCUUUUAUCAUUUUUUUCCGAAUGUGAUGAAAAGAAGAUCACGUAAUUAAAUUUAAUUUAAUGAACUUAUAUUGUAAUUACAUAUAAGCAAAUCCAUGGCUACUAGUGAUUUUAAAUGAUUUUGUUCAUUCUACCACUAAUUAGGUGCAAUCAAUAAAAUGAUCUGAAAAGCUUAAAGUA